AGAUUGCCGUCCCACCCUGACCUGCACUAUGACCCCCGGAAGGACCAGAAGGCCAAGGGUUACUUCACUCUGCGGGGGGUCCAGGACCAUAUUCAGCUCACCUGCACUCUUCAUCCGGGCGAGCGAGAGUUGCCGACGAGGAUGGCCAGGCGGUCCGGCGGAUUCGUUCCCGAACGUACGGCGGAGGAACUGCAGCGGUUAGAGCAAGGUUUCGUCUUGGACAGCAUAGCCGUCGCCAACAUCUCCAAGGACUACUCCAAGGCUCAGCCUAAACUUGGGCCCGCCAUUCCGCCUUACAACUCGCAGAAGGACAAGAAUGUGGACGGCUACUUCAAGAACCAGUGGGCCCCCACGGUGCUGCGGAGAAGCAAACAGGACCAUGGCGGUACUUCCAUCGAGGGGCCAGUCAUAGACCGUUUCCAUAACUACGGCGGCGGGCACCAGUAUCUGUCCAAGCGGAACCAGUUCGGCGCAGGUCACUCGAGAGAGCUGGUUGACGGACAUGCGCAGUUCAUGUCUGACGUGAAAGCGAUGAACGGCUACCACGGCCCGUUCGGCUUCAGACGGAACACUCCGGAACUGCGCACACGGCCCUCCCCAUUCGGACUGGACCCGCGCUCUCCCACACAGUGAACUUCGUUUUUAUCCAACAUGCAUGGUUGUCCAAAAAAAAAAAAACACCUAAAGUUAGCAAUCGCACGACCCUUGUGACCGUGCCCUAACAAAUUUAUUUUCGUACCGCCACCAACACAAGGGCAAUACAUAUGUACAUAAAAUACAGGAAUACACAGAAAAGCAAAUUCACCAAUAUGAAUUUAAGAUGUGAAUACGAGGUGAGGUUACAAGUCCCUUAAGACUAAUAGAAUUAUGUUUAUGAAUUAAUUGUUAUUGAAGCGAUUGGAAGCUGUCAAGAAGGUUUGGACAUAUAUGAAUGUUUGGGAAUUUAUGACCGAAGACAGAAAAUAACAUCCUUUUAGAAGCAAACGUACUAAAGUGUCAUCAGACAGAUUAUUUACAGCUAUGUCCAUAACAAACCCUACCAGUGUUUUAAAAUUACCGAAGAGUAGCUCGCUGUGCACAGUGAACUUUGUCCAGGUGUGCAGUAGAUAUUUGCAUAUCUGUGACAGAUCUGCGAUUAGGGUACUCUGAACGGUGAUAUCUGUGACAGCAAAUACGUGACUGGUCAAUAGGGGGCAACUCCAUACACACACAUAUAUGUCACAGGUAUACAAAGAAAGCGCCAUACCCUGCCCGCGUAGAAGAAAAUGCUUUCAUUGACGUAUGACUGAAAACACAGAGGCAAAUAUUACCGUGACGUAGGUAGCUUUGGUAGUUAACUGGAACUCUUGAACGACCUUGAUUGUGAUUGGUCAUUCGUCAAUUGAGUUGCUUUAUUGUCAUUAGGCAUAAAAAUAUUUACUUAGUUUUAUGACAGCCCAUCAGUGUAUCAUUACAUCAUUAACCACCAUAUCAUUUCCUAAAAGAUUCUCCAUUUAAAACGUUUUAAUAGUAUAAGCAUUAACCAAAAAAUAUCACGAUGGUAUGUAUAUUUCUACAAAUUGUCAUAACUGUCAUUUCAGAAAAUUGUGGGACACUAACCAAAGUGUUAGGAAAAUACACAAUAAAUGGACGUCACCACCCUAGAUUCAGAUGUAUACUUAGAUAGGAUACAGUAAACAAGUUGCUGGUAAAUGAUCUUGUAAGAUGUAAAUGAUUCUUGUCAACUUCCAUAACAUAAAAUGUUAAUGCUUAACAUUGAUACCCAGUUCCUUCUUAUUUGGUUUAAUACAUGUUUAUUCAACGCAUAUACAUUGUUUUCUGUAGUAUGUUGUGCCUAAAGGCAUCACACUUGUGAAUACGGCUUGUAUUUAAGCACGUUUUAUUUUCUAAUAAAAGUUACAAUAUCCCUUUAA